ACGUGCGUGCGGGUUCAAGAAAGGUUAUGUGUGUUAAUUAAAAUGCCCUUUCUUUUAUUAAUCGCCGUUCCUAUUGUUCCUUUCUCAUCCAUAUAUGAAGCCCUCGAUGUUCACUUCCGAACUGGCCUCAAUUCGUGCAUCUCUUAGUAAUUGUGUGCUUGUCUCGAAGAAUUUGUUUUGGAAAUUUGGCUGAUGCAAUACACGCCAAAUUUGCAGUGAUGCACAAGUGCAUUGUGGUGUAAAGCAUAGCGCUGUAACUGAUUAUGUCAUCGUACUUUUAAGGCGGCAAAUCUAAACGCUCAGAAUUCCCAUUGAUACAUCUACCAAGUGCUGUACAACUUGCUUGUCCUGCAAUAGCUGAGCAAAAACGCAUCCAGUGAGGGAAGAUGACUACCACGCCAAUGCUGAACUCCCCCGUGGAGGUGGGUGCCACGACACCUGUCGGCGGGCAGAAGCUGGAAGUCCACGAAAACGUCCACCUCAAGAAGCAGCUGGGCCUCCUCGAGGGAGUCGCCAUCAUCCUGGGAAUCAUUUUUGGUUCGGGAAUCUUCAUCUCCCCGAAGGGUGUGAUCCAAGACAUGGGCUCUGUUGGCGGCUCACUGAUCGUCUGGACCCUGUGUGGUCUCCUGUCAAUGAUCGGAGCUCUCUGCUACGCAGAACUCGGGACAUCUAUCCCCAAGUCUGGCGGCGAUUAUGCUUAUAUUCAUGAAGCAUUUGGCCCACUGCCUGCGUUCUUGUAUCUGUGGGAUGCAAUUUUAAUUUUUGUGCCUACAACGAAUGCCAUCAUGGGUCUGACAUUUGCGAGUUACGCCAUUCAGCCAUUUUUCCCAAACUGCUCAGUACCUGAUGCUGCAGUUAGAAUGAUUGCAGCUGUCACCAUAUGUUUCCUGACAUUCAUGAACUGUUAUGAUGUCCGCAAGACUAGUCGAAUGCAAAACCUGUUUAUGUUCACUAAGAUUUUGGCACUAGUACUUAUUAUCAUUGCAGGGUUGGCAUAUCUUUUUAUGGGCAACACUGAAAAUUUCAAUAAUCCCUUUGAAGGUUCCCACUCGGAUCCGGGCAGGAUUGCUGUGUCCAUUUAUUCUGGUAUAUUUUCCUACUCUGGAUGGAAUUACUUAAACUUCAUGACAGAAGAGCUGAAGAAUCCUUAUGUCAAUUUGCCACGAGCUAUUUACAUAUCCAUCCCGCUGGUGACAUUCAUUUAUGUGCUCGCCAAUGUAGCAUACCUCGCAGUCCUCACUCCGAUAGCGAUGAUCUCCUCCGACGCCAUUGCCGUCACAUUUGCAGACAAAGUCCUGGGACCGAUGUCGUGGAGCAUGCCCCUGCUGGUCGCGCUGUCUGCGUUCGGGGGCCUCAGCGUCCACAUCAUGACGUCCUCCAGGAUGUGCUUUGUCGGUGCCCGGUACGGCCACUUCCCAGCCAUGCUGUCUCACAUCAAUAUCAAGCGCCUCACCCCGACUCCUUCUCUAGUCUUCCUGAAUCUACUUUCACUCAUCAUGCUGUGCACAAGUGAUGUUCACGUACUUAUAACGUACUCGAGCUUCGUCGAGUCGUUCUUCAUCAUGUUAUCGGUUGCUGGAAUACUGUGGUUGCGCUGGAAGAGGCCUGAAAUGGACAGACCAAUUAAGGUGGCGUUAUGGAUUCCCAUAACUUUUGUGCUGAUAUGCGCUUUCCUCGUCUUCGUGCCGUUCUACGAGCGCCCGUACGAGGUGGGUAUGGGCGUGUUGAUAACCGUGACGGGUGUGCCGGUGUACUACAUGGGGGUGGUGUGGCAGGACAAGCCAGCCUGGUUCCUCAGUGGCCUCGACAAACUGACCUGCAGUGUCCAGAAAUUAUUCCUGUCUGCCAAAGAAGAGAAAGAAGACUAAGUUCAUGCUGCAGAAAACCAAGGAAAUGUAGUGUUAAAUUAUAAGUAGUUUAAAAACUGAGCUUGGCAAG